AUGAAGAAGCGUGCGCCGGAGAGCGACGUGAGAGCCAUGACCGCUGCCAACGCUGAGCGACAGGCCACAGGAACGCCGAACAACUUAUCAGAGACCCAACAACCCGCCACUUCGAACCUCGUCGUAAGCGUCUCAAUCCUGCAUAAUGAUGACAACAAGAUACCCUUCACGAGCAGCCUCGAUAAUGGGUCGAAACUCCUUGCCUCCAUCACCAUCACGUCAGGACAAACAGACAAACCAGUCGCACUCUACAUCGCGGGCGUCGAGCUCGUCGAUAUGAACGCGCCAGAGGAAGUACCCCAGCAACUCUUGCAAAACACCGCAGAUUGCCUCGUCUAUCCCGUGAUGGAUACCUGCAACAUGGACAACCGCAACCUACAAUACUUCAACAACAAGCCCAUCCCGCUCGGUCUCUUCCUCACCAACACCAAGCUCCUCCCUAGACACAGAUACAACUUCAACCUGCGCUACUCACAAGAACAAAGCCCAGCCGUCAAUGCUCUCUGGAAUACCACCGCAGCAGACGGCGGUAAAGAUCUCUCUUUGUGGGUGUCUCCCGAUGUCUCCUCCUCCGUCUCCGCCAGGCCCACUGCCAGUCCAACAUCAUCAUCCACCACUACCGCUUCCGAGCUCCUCAAAGCGUUAGCGACGGAUGGAACCUCUAAUCCGUCAUCGACCCUGUCGCCCGGCUCAACCGCGACGCCCACCAGCCCACCCGCCUCAGCCUUUCCAUCAGGCCUCUCGUCUGGCCUGACAAUGCCCUCAGCACCGAGCAACAAGGGGCUCAGCACCGGCGCGAAGGCGGGGAUCGGAGUCGGUGUCGCGGCUGCGGUGUUGAUUGUGAUCGCCCUGCUGGUGGCGUGGUGGGUGCGCCGGACGCGGCGUGCGAGUACGCGGAAUGGACGCGGUGGCGGGGCCGGGGAGAAGGAGAGCGUGCUUGCUGCUGCUGCGCCGGGAGGGGCGGGGGAGUACAGAUAUGCUGAUGAGGCUGGGGGUGGGGUUGUGGUGGGUGGAAGCCCUGUGACCAGGAAGCCUGUUGGAGUGCCGGUGGCGAAUGAGGCUGCGCUUGCUGAUGCGGUGAGCCCUGCUUCGACGACUGUGGGUGUUGUAGGAGGAGCGCAACGUAGGGGUGCAGGAGGAGAAGGGGCAGCUCAGGAGUCCAUGUUGAAUGCCGAGGAGAGGGAGAGGUGGGAGGAAGAAGAGCGAAGGCUGGAUGAAGAUAUUGCUGAGGCCGAGAGGAGGCGACUCGGCGCGUAG